AUGUUCUCCAAGUUCAAUCUCAUCAAGGCCAUUGCCAUGAUCACCGUUUUGGCUGUUGGCGCUAGCGCUGCCCCCAGCGUCGCUGUAUCUGAUCUGACUGUACGUGAAACAGAGGCAGCGUCAGUAGAUGGGCACCUCUUUGUCUGCGUCAAUGCAAAUUUCGUCGCACCCUGCAACAAUUUCAACUUCAAUGACGGCCAGUGCAUCAACUUUGUUGCGCCUUUCCAGGACAGCAUCUCAAGCUUGGGGCCUGAUCCAGGCUUUACUUGCAUCGUAUUCAAGUCAGUAUUAGACCAAUACUAG